AUGAAACUUACCUUUUUGCUCAGGUUCGAGCGCCAUUCUCUUUGCUCUCAUCACCAACCUCCUCAAGGAGACCUGUUUGCCAUGUAUCCCACUUUCAAUAAUGAGGAGGUCGGUGAGAUGAUGCAGUGGUCAGGAGCUCCUAGCUCCUUUACCUCAUCCGAGGGGUUUGCUGGUACAGACAAUGAUCGAGAUUAUGGAUAUUAUCCUCCGGGAACCUACUCUUCUGCCGACGUGACAAGCCUUACAAGUUCGGAAGCCUACCAACAAGAUUCCGGAUGGAUGAACAUCGAGCCUAUUAGUCAAGUGCGAGAAGCUCCACAACAAUAUGACAGUGAUCUGGCUUGUAUUGAUCCAAGAUAUUACCUGCCGGACGAAAACAUCCCUCAAAGCCUGGAUGAUCUAGGAAGUUCAACUAUCACUCAAAAACCAGCAGAUGAUCUAAUUGAGAGCGCUGCUCAUCCACCGGGAGGGUUGGAUCGGACCACGAUCGGAAUACCAAAUCCCAUACCUUUCGCUCUGCAACCUUCAAGCCAACCUUCGCUUGGAGGUGUCAUGAACCAGGUGGUUACCACCUGCAGCGCUCUCAUAUCUGGCCAGGCAUGUACUCUCGAUCAAGUUUCUCAAGGGUUGCAGAACCUUGAGACCAUAAAAAGCUUUUUUCAUACGAAGCUCCCCCCACCUCCUAUUUCAUCAAUUGUGUCUUCAGAACAAGAUAUGCGAGACAGAAAAUUGUUUCGCUGUUGGAAAUGUGAUCCUCAGAAGAAAAGAACGACCUUUCCAAGUUUUGGUACCUUUAAGAGACAUUUGACUGGGCAUGAUAUACGCGACUGCGAGUGGCGCUGUACUGAGGCGGGCUGCCCUACAAUCCUCCAUCGGCGAGAUAGGAUGCAUGACCAUCUUAUCAACAAACACAGAAAGUCUGAUCUGCUCCGAGCUGAUGUGGAGGCAACUCGGGUGAGAUAUGCCCCUCCAGCCAACUGUCCCUUUCCCUUUUGUUACCGUGAGACACCUUCUUGGUCUGUCUAUUUCGAUCACGUCAAGAAACACUGUCUCAUUUCCCCUGGUUCGGAGAAUGCCUCUACCAAUGGUGAUAAUUCUGAUCGCGGUGACAAUUGUGGCGGAAACGGCAAUGGCCAUGGCUCUUCUUCGGCCGGACCUAGCAAGUCGAACGAAGGAUCGCAGUCUAACCAAUCAAACAACCGGGCCGGGGGUACACCUUAUCCCAACGAGAGCUUCCCAGGCUUCAAGAGCAGGAGUAAUGCGCGUCCUGGUCCCAUCUCGCACUCUGCUUCUGACGAUCAGCUCAACAACAGCCGUCGUCAAAGCGCCACUGAUGCCAUUGAACAAAUUUCAAUCGACGACUUACUUCGCUCAUCUCGUGGGUCCAGGGCUCACCUCCCCAGAGACAGCGGGCAGCCCAAUAACUUCCAGCCCCCACAAAACCCCGGAUUGUCACGAGCCGAUCAUUCGACCAAGCGUAAGCGCAAGGACAAGCAGAAAGAGCCAACAGAAGAGCAGGCCCCUUUCUCGAAUAAAUGCAGACGAUGUGAUCAUGAUAUGGCCAAAUGUCGACAGUGCAAAUCUGUUCUUAUCUGCCACAAAUGUGGUGACGUGCCGAGGAGUGCCAUCCAAGCUGGGCCUUCUUCGACAGUGCCUGUGCAAGCCCUCCCAGGUGCAUCUUCUGGAAUCAUCAAUUUGGGCGAAUCUUACCUUAACCCUGAAGCAUUGGCGAACUUUGUAACACCCCAGAACAUGCCUACUCAACUGCCUUCUUAUUACAAUCCCAAUGAAAUUAUGCAGUUAUUCGACUUGCAAUCAUUUGACGGGUUGACCAACACAUUCAUGGACGAUACAUCCCCAAAUGAUCGUGUUAUCAACGUGGCAAUGGAUGUCGAAAGCCACCCACCUCUGAGUGAUCUCGGCCACAAGGUCCAAGCGUCGCCUAUUUUUGAAAGUGAUACCAAGUUACUUCGCAGCAUUGGACUUGGCACAUUGAUUGACCCGCUCUCUGUCAAAAGACAAACCGUGCAACCAAAAGCAAAAGCCUCCGGUGGUCCGCCUCUAGGCUCAUACACAGAUUCUGUUUUCAGAAACAAUAAAUCUCCAUCCCUUCUAGAAGCUCCCCAGCCGGUAUCUCGUUGCCAGUGCCCAUGUGUCACAGUCCCAACUGUCGACUACGAAGCCCACGCAAGCCUUCAGUUAUCACCAAAUGAGCGCGUCGAGAUGACAUUCAAGAUGACGCCGGCACGUGAAUCAAAUCAUCCUCUCCGUACCCGAGUGCGAGUCUUCGUGAAGCUUUUCAGUCUCCGCGCAUCGACAGCAAAGUCAAACACCAAGAAACAGAGGACUCGCUCAAUCGCAUCUGAAACUACCGACGAGGAUGCUGAGUCUGAUCCCGAUUCAGACCAAGAGCUCACUCCCACCUCGCCUUCCGGUUCCGAAAUCACUCCACUCCUCUACUGGACUGAGGACGUGCGAGACUGGUCAUUCAGCUUUGACAUCAAGUGGGCUCUGACGAAACUAGCUCAGUGGACCAGCGGCAUAGAUGCCGAUACGUGCCAGAAACUACUCCUCUCUGAUCCUGGCCAUAUACUGGACUUGAUGUCUAUGUAUAUUCUGUACAAGUUCAAGAUUUGUUGGUUUUUGAUGGGUCGUAAUGGGCUCAGUGUGUUUUUGAGCAUCUAA